ACUCCCAUUUGAUAACUCAUCCUUUAUGAACAUAGAAAAUUUAUUUAUUACCUAAAAUUCCAAAACAUUUACUACAAAAUUUACACUUUCCUCAAUUAUGGACUUUUUAUGUAGAAUUCUAACCGCCGAUUUGUAUUGUUUGCUAAAUUUAAUUCGUGAAAAUCAGGUUAAAGCUCCUGCAAAGAAAAAGCUCUCAAGGGAAAAGUAUGGGAAACACUUUCUGGUUGUGCGUCCUAGUUACACAAUCCGCCACAAGUAUCCUGGUCCUUUGAAGACCUAUGAUGGCGAGGAGCGUUGUGAGCCGCGUAUGAUUCGUUUGUCGGAUCUGAGAUCCAGUCAAUUGGAUUUGAUAUUGAGCAUGUGUGAGAAACAGGACGAAAGGCAACUGAAAUGUGAACCUGAGGAGGGAGAAUGCUGCAAGGAAUCAUGUACAGAGACCUCUGAGGAAGUCAACGAAGAAAUCAAACAAGAGCCCUGUGAAGAAAUCCCUGAAGUAAAAGAAGAACAGCUUUGUAAUUCCGAAAUCGAGGAAAAUCUAAAGAAAUACGAGUCGCAGAUCUUUAUCAAUAUGUUGCCCCAACAAAAGAGUUCAAUCAAAUUGGAGAGCAUCUGCAGCGAGAGUCUUCCCACGCCAGAGCAAUUAAUCCGUAUGGAGCUUCGUGCCAGGACUCUGUAUGAGGUAGAAACUUGCCAGGAUCAAUGUGCACCAUCCUGGGAGUCUCUGACGUCCAUGGAAAAGCUACGUUUCCAUUGGCAGGCCCAUGCGGGAGUGAAACUCCAGGAGAAGCCCUUCGAUAACUUUCGGCUAUGCUAUAUCAAAAAUCGCCCAAAGAAUAGCCCCAAAAUGGGAAUUCGCCAAAUCAGAUCCGACUUGAAACUCCACUGGAGCAACAUGGAUCGCAGCGAACGAAUGCCCUUCAUUGUGCAGUCUCUACUGUACCAGGUGUCCAUGGGAGCCAUCGAACCCACGGAUCACUGUGCGGUGCGUGAAUUCUUUCAGAAAAUGAAGUAGCAAGAACGCAGAUUCAUUUCCAUUUGCAUUUUCAUUCCACUUUUUUUUCGGUUUUAUAUGAACCAGAUGUUGUGGCCAUUCUAUUUUCGGCCAGAGCCUCAAAAUUCGCAGCUCUUUCUCCCUCAAUUUGUGCUCUUGAACCAGUUUCGGAUCCACCGAGGAAUAAUGGAUCCCCCCUGCUUUUGGUCCAAGGUCGCCAACUGACAUGGCAUUGGCACUCGAUUAACAAUUAACUCGUCAGCAGUCAAGGUCGCGCAGAAAACACUCUCUUGGGAGGGGAGGGGAGGGGAUGGGAGGAAAAAUCCCCAAUCAAUUUCCCAAGCGCAUACAUUAGCCAUAAAAAAAUUUGUUGUACUCCGCAGAAACGAAACAAAUAAAACAAA